CGAGCCGUUGGGCGCGCCGUCCCCUAGCAACCCAGCGACGCCCAUGGCGGCCGCGGUGCGGCGGCAGCGCGGGCAGAUGCCGGAGGCCGCCGCGGAGGCGGAGGCAAAGGCGGAGGCCGGGCCGCGGCGGGGCACCAUGGAGACGCGGCGCGUGAUCGCGGUGCUGGACCAGACCAUCGCGCGCGCGGAGCACGUCAGCCUCCUGCCGCACGUGAUCGCCAACCUGCGCGACCUGUCCCGCGCGCUCGGGCCCACGCUCAGCCGCGCCCUGGCGGAGCACGACGCGCUGCGCCGCGCGGGCGGCCCCGGCCGGAGCCUGCAGCGCUCGGGGCGCUGCAUCACGCGGCUGCUGCAGGCGCAGCCCGGCGCCGCCCAGGCCGUGCGCGACGAGGUGUACGCCCGCGACCUCACGGACGAGCUGUUCGUGCGGGCCCUGACCGAGUUCCGCGGCUUCCUGCUGGAGCGGCUGCUGACCGGCCCGCGGGAGGAGGAGGCCCGCGCGCGGCUGGCGGCCGACGUGUCGCUGCGGGACCAGCGCAACACCGAGGCCGUGGCGGUCCUGCGCGCGGAUCUGGCCGCCGCCCUCCACAGGCGCGACGAGGAGAUUUGCAAGAAGAAUGCUGUGAUCCGGGAUCUCAAGACCCACUUGCACCAUUUGGCAAAGUUCUCUGAAAACCACAUCCUGCGCAGCAGGCAGGAAGCAGAAAAGCAGCAGAAAGGGGAGCUGCGUGCCUCGCAGGCAAAGUGUGCCAGGCUCCAGCAGGAUAUACAGCAGCUACGAGCACAGCUCAGUGCGCUUGUCGCCGAGAACCGCGAGUCUGAACUGGCUCUCAGAAAGAAAAAGUACAAAGUGGAGAUGGAAAUCGAAAACUGGAUCCAAAAAUAUGAUGCUGACAUGGGAGAAAAACAGAUGGAGUAUGAGGAAGUCGACACUAUCUACACUGAGGAGAAGGCCCAGCUGGCUCAGCUGAAGGAGAUAUAUACUGUGCUUGAACAAGAGUAUUCUCAGAUCAAGGAGGAAAGGAGAAUAGCACAGGAGAAGAAGGAAAGAGCGGAGAGGGAGCUGGCUAUCAUGAUCCGUGCAGCCACUCGCAUCCAGGCCUUCUGGAAAGGCUACUUGGUCAGAUCACUGUUAAAGUCAAAGAAGAAAAAAAAAGGAAAAGGCAAGAAGGCAAAGGUCAAAAAAUAAACUACAACUCCCUUUUUCUCUUCCCUUCUCAACAUCCCAGACACUUACCCUCAGAUUUCAACUACCCCCCCAUGUUAUCAUUUACCCUAUAGUAUGUAUUUGAUGGACAACCUGUUCAGUACAAUAGAUAGUUCUUGUACACAAGUUUGAGACUGUAGAAGCAAUUCUAUCAUAAAUAAUUUUCAACCAACAUUUUAGACUCCAUUUCUGGGUAGAAGCAUCACUGGUCUGAAUUUAAAGUGGAAACUUGUGGUUAAGAGACUGGACCAGGAACUAGUCCUGACUGGAUUCUGUCAGUUAAUGGAAAAAUUCUCAGUGGGCAUUGAGUUUGUGCAUAGGUCCUUAAUGUCACUCAGUUUCUCUGUCUAUCACUUAGGGAUAAUUCUCAUCCAUGCAAGGUGGGGGUUGAGACAGUUCAUUAACAGUCGUUUCAGAUCCUUGGAUGGAAGAUGGGCAAAACAUUAUUUUCUUUUGAAUAAAGAAAAUGAAUUAGUUUUCUCUAAAAUAGCCUGUCUUAAAUUCAAGUUAAAAAAAUAGUAAAAGUCUUUCAUAUGCACUGAA